GUAUAUUAGCAUUGUCUUCUUCAACCUAGCUUAAACUGAAAACAGUCAGAUAUUGGCAUCAUUUUAGGCCGUUAAGAAUACCUUUUUAUGCUUACAACUCACAUCACUUUAAACGUCGUAAUAACACAUAGUGAAUUCAAGAUGAAUUUAAAUCCUAAAUCAUUUAAAGAAAAACGUUCGUUCGCACAAAGGUCUGCCGAUGUGGAAUUAAUUAGACGACAACAUCCAAAUAAGAUACCCAUUGUUGUCGAAAGAUACUGUGGGGAGAAACAAUUACCUAUAUUGGACAGAUCCAAAUUUUUAGUACCCGACUUUUUGACAGUGGCAGAGUUCGUUAAAAUUAUUAGACGCAGACUGCAGCUACAUCCGACACAGGCAUUUUUCCUAUUAGUAAACCAAAGAAGUAUGGCAAGCGGUAGUAUGACUAUGGCACAACUGUAUCAGAGAGAACAAGAUGCAGAUGGCUUCCUUUAUGUAGUAUUCGCUAGCCAAGACGUAUUUGGGCAUUAAAUUCCAUCAUUUUAGUUUACAAGUAAAAAUAAUGUUUUUGUGGGAUACGCCGCGUUCUAAAUACUUUUAAGAACUCUUAGGAAAAAUUUUAGAUCUAUCCUGACCUAUGUCUGCCAUCAACUGGAUAUGCAGAAUAUUUGUGAUCGACUUGCAGUACCUGCUGAAAUAAUUAACGAAACAAUCAACAUUGACAUUUUUGUGUAAAACUAUCAUGGUGCUUUGGUCUUUCAACAUAUAUAUCAGUUAUGUUUCACAUAAGUUACAGUAUAAGAUUAAGUUUAUUGCUAAUAACAGGACACACUUUUAAAAUUCUUUAAUAGUUACAGACAACAACUAUAACAACCAUUAGUCUUAAUAGGUAAGAAAGUUACCUAUAUAAUAUUUUUAUCUAGUAUCAUUAAUCUCAAUUUGUUUACUUGUGUAUUUGUCUUAUGUAUCUAAUAGAUUAUAAUGUAUAAGGAGGGAGUAGUACUACGUAAACAAUAUAGUAACAAGUAGCGACCAGUUUAUAUAUAACAAACUGUAAAGUAUAUUUACAAACAAAACUGGAAUCAAAUUAUUCUAUAUACGUUUGACUUUUGCUACUGUGCAAAUUAUGUAAUAGCUAUUAUUUAUAUUCAUCAUAUGCCUGUUUAUAGUUUAUGUACGCAUCAGACAAAUUGUUAAUAGGUAUAUGGAAUCUUUGAGAGUAUGUGAAAAAAUGACUUAAAUUACUUAAGGUAUCUAUAAAUGAAAAUAUCUUCUCCAGUUAAUGUAUUCUGUUCACAAAAUACUGAAACAGUAAAGAAAGUGUUCAUAUAAUUACACAAUA